AUGACGCCCCCUGGAGGCGACAGACAGCUACUGGCCGUUGGAACGAGGAGAGGAUGGAGGGAGGGAGGGGUGAGGCAGGAUGACGCCCCCUGGAGGCGACAGACAGCUACUGGCCGUUGGAACGAGGAGAGGAUGGAGGGACAUCUCUACAUCAGAGACCUUCCCCAGGACAGGCUGACCCAGGACAGGCUGACCCAGACAUCUCUACAUCAGAGACCUUCCCCAGGACAGGCUGACCCAGACAGGCUGACCCAGACAUCUCUACAUCAGAGACCUUCCCCAGGACAGGCUGACCCAGACAGGCUGACCCAGACAUCUCUACAUCAGAGACCUUCCCCAGGACAGGCUGACCCAGACAGGCUGACCCAGGACAGGCUGACCCAGACAUCUCUACAUCAGAGACCUUCCCCAGACAGGCUGACCCAGGACAGGCUGACCCAGACAUCUCUACAUCAGAGACCUUCCCCAGGACAGGCUGACCCAGACAGGCUGACCCAGACAUCUCUACAUCAGAGACCUUCCCCAGGACAGGCUGACCCGGACAGGCUGACCCAGACAUCUCUACAUCAGAGACCUUCCCCAGGACAGGCUGACCCAGACAGGCUGACCCAGACAUCUCUACAUCAGAGACCUUCCCCAGGACAGGCUGACCCAGGACAGGCUGACCCAGACAUCUCUACAUCAGAGACCUUCCCCAGGACAGGCUGACCCAGACAUCUCUACAUCAGAGACCUUCCCCAGGACAGGCUGACCCAGACAUCUCUACAUCAGAGACCUUCCCCAGGACAGGCUGACCCAGACAUCUCUACAUCAGAGGCUGUGAUGGAAGAUGUUGGUUAGAAGGUUAAAACAAGUUGCUGUUCUGACGUUACAGAUGCUUGUUGUUAUCGAUGACGUCCCAAAUGGCACCCUAUUCCCUAUAUAGACCACUACAUUAGCCAGGGCUCAAUGGCACCCUAUUCCCUAUAUAGACCACUACAUUUGACCAGGGCUCAAUGGCACCCUAUUCCCUAUAUAGACCACUACAUUUGACCAGGGCCCUAAAGGAGUGCAGGAUAUAGGUAAUGGGGCUUGGCCCAGGAGUAAAGACAUUUUAAAAAGCCCUUUUUUGUCUCCAUGUUUCUGGAGCUGUGACAUAAAGAUGGGGAAACACAGCAGAGGUUAAUUGGCAGUUUGAACAUUUUCUCAUUCCUCCAUUUUGAUACCAUGGUGCUUUGCAAGGAUGUAUCCAGCUCAACCAACAUUUGGUUAGUCAGAGGGAUUAUUUUUAUUUCCACUCAACUCUACUUUUUCUACGUUAAUCUGCUUUUCAUGUAAACCAGGGUGUAAUGGAUGUGUACAGCCCAUUCAAUACUACUAGAAGCUGUUGUAACUAAAUUAAAUGGUGAUUUAAAAAAAAUAAAAAAAAUAAAAUAAAAUGAAUGAACUUUCAUCUUGAA